AUGGCGGGCGCAUCUCAAUCACCACCAGUCCAAAUCGUCCUUUGUUUCGAUGGAACGGGGAACACAUUCGAGGUCAAUGGCACAGACACCAAUAUCCUGAAGAUUUGUCGCAUGUCGCCACGGUCUGAUCACCAAUUGGUUUAUUACCAGCCGGGAAUCGGCACCGAAAUCACGCCAGGCUCCCUGGCAGCCACGACUCUGAAAAAGAGCAGUCGCCUAGGCGGAAGCAAAACACUCAGCCAAGCUCUGGGAAAGUCAUUCGAUCGCCAUGUCCUGGGUGGCUACCGCUUCCUCAUGCGACACUACCGCUCGGAUGGAAACAUCUACAUUUUCGGCUUUUCUCGUGGAGCUUACACGGCGCGUUUUCUAGCAGAAAUGCUGGACUACGUUGGGCUGCUGGGCCCUGACAACGAGGAGAUGAUUCCGUUUAUCUGGGACGCUUUCUCUAGGUGGAAAUUGACUCGAUACAAUGGGGACACAGAGAAGGGCAGCUGGGAGCAAAUGCAGGCAAAGCAAUUCAUGUACAGUUGUCGAGACACGUUUUGUCGUCCGAUGACCAGAGUUCGAUUCUUGGGCUUGUUCGACACUGUGAAUAGCGUUGCGGACUUUGAAAUCAACAAUGACGACAGCUCGAGUGCUCGCGUGAUACGACAUGCUGUCAGUAUCGAUGAGCGCAGAGUCAAGUUUCAGCCGGUGCUGCUACCACGGUCUCGCGGAGGAUUUGGACGAAAGACGGCAGUACCCGCCGUCAAUAGCUCCCCUGAGGAAGACGGGGGCACUGAAGACAGCGAGAACGCUGGCAAAGAAGCUAGCAAGGCUUUCGGACAGACCCCGAAUGCCGAUGCGCAAACCGAAGCGCCUGACGAGGAUGAUGAGGUCCAGGAUGUACAGGAGGUGUGGUUCCCCGGCAGCCACGCCGACAUUGGUGGCGGUUUCAGCGUGGAAGAGGGUGAAGCGUGGCAGCUAAGCCAUGCUCCACUCGUCUGGAUGGUCCAAGAGGCCCAGCGGGCUGGGCUUGAAUUUGAUCAGGAAAAGCUGCAGCUCUACAAUUGUCUGGGAGAAGAGCACCUAGAUCCGUCCUCGGUUGCACGCUUCCGCCAUGCCCUUGUGACUUCGAGCGCGAAAGGUGCUCUGCACGAUCGUCUUGGUUUCGGCACCGGUCUGUCGGCUGUUUCUGUUCUCGCCUGGCGCUUCAUGGAGUAUAUUCCCAUACGCCGCGCGAGCCUGAUGGAGAGUGGCAACUGGGAACUAAUUCACUGGCCACUGCACCGUGGUUACCCUCGCGAUAUGCCGCUUGAUGCCGAAAUUCAUGGCUCUGCUAUCCACCGAAUGCAAAAGGAUCCGAAUUAUCGCCCCGGAAAUGUCAUCGUGGGUGGUGGUGGUCGGGGUGUCAAACGCGCUCCUGAGGCAUAUGGGAUUGGUAACUUGAAAGUCCAUAGCCAUGAAGGGGACCUGGUACGACAUACAUACGUCCAGAACAGAUGA